CGAGGGUCCCUCCCCUGCCCUCCCCUCCACCUCUGCUCCUCCCCAGAGCAUCGCAGGGUCGCUGGCCCCAGAGGAAAUCAGUGCCUUCUGACUCCGGGAUGGGCCGAGGCGGGAGGAGGACGGGGCUCCGGGCUCUGGCCUUCCUGCUGCUGCUUCUCCAAGUCGCCGCUGCCAAGAAUAUCUGGAAGCGGGCGCUGCACCCCCGGCUGGCUGAGAGGUCCCGCGCCGAGGAGGGCACCCCCGGCCCCCGGCAGCCACGCGCUGACCGCUGCCCCCCACCCCCCCGGACGCUGCCCCCGGGAGCCUGCCAGGCUGCCCGCUGCCAGGCCGACUCCGAGUGCCCGCGCCACCGGCGCUGCUGCUACAAUGGCUGCGCCUACGCCUGCCUGGAGGCGGUGCCACCCCCGCCAGUGCUAGACUGGCUGGUGCAGCCCAAACCCCGCUGGCUUGGCGGCAACGGCUGGUUGCUGGACGGCCCUGAGGAGGCUCUGCAAGCAGAGGCAUGCAGCACCACUGAGGACGGCGCCGAGCCCCUGCUCUGUCCCUCGGGCUACGAGUGCCACAUCCUGAGCCCCGGAGACGUGGCCGAGGGCAUCCCCAAUCGUGGCCAGUGCGUCAGGCAGCGUGGGCAGGCGGAUGGGCGGCUCCUGAGGCACAGAUUUUACAAAGAAUAUCCAGACGGUGACUCGAAGAAUGUGGCGGAGCCCGGAAGGGGGCAGCAGUGACCCUUUCAACAAAGCAACGGCGGCCCGUGUGCAAGACCACUUCUCUGCUCCCUGCCAAGCCCUGGGGACGAUCAGAAAAACAGCGUGACGCGCAGUGCUGCCUCCAGCUCCCCAGGGCGCCCUCGAGCCCGCCCACCGCAGCCUCAGCGUGGCACCACCCCAUGCGGCGCGUUGGUGGGGUGCCUGACCCACUCUGAUUCUCCACCAUGGACACUGGAGGCUGCAGCCCCCAAGCUACCUGGGAAGAUGCCACCCGGGAGAGAAUCCCCAAGCCCGUUCACUGUCUGGGUGAUUUUUGUAGAUUUCUUCCAAGUCUUACUCUGUUCUCCAAAUAAA